AUGUUUAUCCCUGACCCAGUUAUUUCAAUGUCAAUCAAGCCUACAUCUAAAGUUAUCUCUGAUACGUUUUUGUCGGCUUUGAAACGUUUUUCCAAUGAGGAUCCAACAUUUCAUAUGGAAUAUCGGAAAGAUCAUCGCGAAACAAUUAUUAGUGGAAUGGGUGAAUUACAUUUGGAAAUUUACGCUCAAAGAAUGAAAAAUGAAUUUGAUUGCCCUGUGGAAUUGGGACAACCAGCCGUUUCUUACAAGGAAACAUUAAAGACUCCUUACAGGUUUAAUUUUCGUCAUAAAAAACAAACGGGCGGACAUGGUCAAUUUGGAGAAAUUGAAGGUGUAAUUAAUCCGCAACCUCCGGAAAGAAAUACAAUUGUUGAAUUUACUGAUAAUUCUGUGGGUGAAGGAGUUCCAAAAAAAUUUAUGUCUUCACUUCGAAAGGGUCUAGAAGCGAUUACUAAGGAAGGUCCUUUAAUUAAGGCUCCAGUAACUGGGAUUGAAGUUAUACUUCAAGAUGGAAAAACACACAUUGUGGAUACUACUGAUAUUGCAAUGAUUGCUACAAUGAUGAAUAUGAUGAGAGAAGCAUAUGAGCGUGCUAAUUGGAUGUUAUUAGAACCUGUAGUUAAAGUUGAGUGUGUAGUUCCAAUGGAAUUUGAGGCACCUCUCCGUGAAAUGUUUGGUUAUAGUACAAUAUUAAGGACACAAACUCAAGGAAAAGGUGAAUUCACAAUGGAAUUUAAAAGAUAUACACCUGUAGAGCCUUAUAUUCAAGAUGAAGUUGUUUAUGACUGGAAGGUUGCAAAUGGUAUAAUUAGUCCUGAAAAGGAAAAGAAGAAGCAAAGGAGAUGA